AAGCCAAAAGGUACAAAAGCUGGGGGCCACGGGACGAACCGCGGAAGAAUUUUCAUGGCACGCGGUAAAGAGGACGCGCUCGUCACAAAAAAUCUUGCGAUAGGCGAGUCGGUUUACGGUGAGAAAAGGAUAACCGUCGAGGACGAAAGCGGCAAAACCGAAUACCGGGUGUGGAACCCGUUUCGAAGUAAGUUGGCGGCGGCCAUCAUGGGUGGCCUGGACAAUAUUUACAUGAAACCCGGCUCAAAGGUAUUGUACCUUGGUGCAGCCAGCGGAACCACAGUGUCGCACGUUUCAGACCUUGUGGGCGAGGAUGGACUCGUUUAUGCCGUCGAGUUCAGUCACCGUUCCGGUCGUGACUUGCUGAACGUCUGUAAAAAGCGUAUCAACAUCAUCCCGAUUAUUGAAGAUGCACGUCACCCUCACAAAUAUAGAAUGCUCGUUGGAAUGGUUGAUGUUAUUUUCUCGGACGUUGCACAACCCGAUCAGGCUCGAAUCGUGACGCUGAAUGCGCAGUAUUUCUUAAAAAACGGCGGUCACGUGGUUAUUUCUAUCAAGGCUAACUGUAUUGAUUCCACUGCAGAACCGGAAGCGGUUUUCGCAGGAGAAGUGAACAAAUUAAAGGAGGAUAAGGUGAAACCUAUCGAACAGGUUACGCUUGAGCCAUACGAAAGAGACCAUGCGGUUGUGGUGGGACAGUAUAGGCCUCCACCUAAAGUAAAAAACGUAUGA